UGCUGCUUCCUUUCUGAAGAUAACGCAAGCAGCAGGCAGGCAGGCUCUGCAUUACGACUUCUCUCUUCUUCGUCAGCCGAGCCCGCGAUGACGACCAUCAAUGGACUCUCACUACUCCGUUCAACGCCGUCUCUCGUCCCUUCCUUUCCUAGAACCUACCCCUUUCAAAAGCCCUUUAAGCUCAGCUGCUCUGGCGGAGAAGAUUCAGCCUUCACCUCCACAAUUUCUCCUUCGAUGGUCAGCGGCGGGCCCAUAUCUGGCGGCGCGAAUUCUUCCAAGUUUGAUUGUGUGAUCGUCGGCGGCGGAAUUAGUGGUCUCUGCAUCGCGCAGGCUCUUGCCAACAAACAUCGGGACGUUGCCCCUAAUGUGAUCGUGACUGAGGCUAGUGACCGCGUCGGUGGAAACAUCACCACCGUCGAGAAGGAUGGAUAUCUAUGGGAAGAGGGCCCCAACAGUUUCCAGCCCUCCGAUGCUAUGCUCAGUUUGGCGGUGGAUAAUGGCUUGAAGGAGGAUCUCGUUUUGGGUGAUCCUAAUGCGCCGAGAUUUGUUUUGUGGGAUGGCAAAUUGAGGCCAAUACCAUCUAAGCCAACUGAUUUGCCCUUCUUUGAUUUAAUGAGCACUGGUGGCAAACUCAGGGCUGGCUUGGGUGCUCUUGGAAUCCGACCUCCACCACCAGGUCAUGAAGAAUCAGUGGAGGAGUUUGUGCGCCGUAACCUAGGCAAUGAGGUUUUUGAGCGCUUGAUAGAGCCAUUUUGUUCAGGUGUUUAUGCUGGUGAUCCUUCCAAAUUAAGUAUAAAAGCAGCAUUUGGAAGAGUUUGGAAGUUAGAGCAAACGGGCGGUAGUCUCGUUGGUGGUGCUUUCAAGACAAUCCAGGAGAGAAAAAAGACUCCCAAACCACCUCGAGACCCGCGUCUACCUAAGCCAAAAGGCCAAACAGUUGGAUCAUUUAGAAAGGGACUUACUAUGUUACCGAAUGCAAUCGCUGCAAGGUUAGGUAGCAAACUAAAAGUAUCUUGGAAGCUUUCAAAUAUCAUUAAACUGGAUAAUGGAGAGUACAGUUUAACAUAUGAAACUCCAGAAGGACCUGUUUCUAUUCAGAGCAGAAGCAUUGUCAUGACUGUUCCAUCUCAUGUUGCAAGCAGUCUGUUACGUCCUCUCUCUACUGUUGCUGCCGAUGAACUUGGAAAAUUUUAUUAUCCACCAGUUGCUGUAGUUUCCAUCUCAUACCCUAAAGAAGCAAUUCGGACAGACUGCUUGAUUGAUGGUGAACUUAAAGGGUUUGGCCAAUUGCAUCCUCGCAGCCAAGGAGUUGAAACUUUAGGAACUAUUUACAGCUCAUCACUCUUUCCAAAUCGAGCUCCAGCUGGAAGAAUUUUACUCUUAAACUUUAUUGGGGGAGCUACCAACCCUGGAAUUUUAUCCAAGACAGAGAGUGAACUUGUUGAAGCAGUUGACCGUGAUUUGAGAAGGAUGCUUAUAAAUCCUAAUGCAAAGGAUCCACUUGCAUUGGGUGUGAGGGUAUGGCCUCAAGCUAUUCCCCAGUUUUUGGUAGGUCACUUUGAUAUCCUAGAUGCUGCAAAAUCUGCUCUUAAGGAUUCUCGGUUGCAAGGGCUGUUUCUGGGAGGCAAUUAUGCAUCCGGUGUAGCUUUGGGCCGGUGUGUGGAGGGAGCUUAUGAGGUUGCUGCUGAGGUGAAUGAUUUCCUCUCUCUAUAUGAAUACAAAUGACAGAUCCUGGGCAACAACCUUGGCUUCUAACUCAAAGGCUGGCGUCAUUUUGUAGAAAUUAAUGUCUGUUAGAACACAAUAUAUUGAGUCGCGCAUUAUGUGAUCGGAAUCCUUGCAAUACACAGACAGACAAUUAAGACGUGAGCUAUGACCAAUUUGUUUCUGUAACUUUCUGGAGAUCAGCAACUUAAAUAACCAUCCGACUUCGUUUUGUGUGGAUUA